CCGAUGAUCUGAUAACCCAGUACUUUUUAACAGGGUUGUCAGGCGGGUCCUCAUGCUUAAAAAAUACUGGGUCAGGUCAGACCCGUUCUGAUAACCCAGAACCCGGUCCCAUGUACACCCUUAAUAAAACGUAGUCUUGUAUGCUUUCUAAACUAGGCCCAGAUUAUUAUUAAGUCCCGGGUUUAGAAUCUUUUACAAAGGCCAACUUUGGGUGGUUCCCUAGCUUAACGUAGUCUUGUAUGCUUUUCUAAACUAGGCCCAGAUAAUUAUUAAGUCCCGGGUUUAGAAUCUUUUACAAAGGCCAACUUUGGGUGGUUCCCUAGCUUUGUCGGGCCCAUAAGAGAUCCAUAACCAUAAGUGCCAUUUCCCAUUUUCCCCUUUCAGUUUUCCUUUGUAGACGGAUUUCGAGCUCCGAACCAACAAAAAUGUCCGAUUAUCUUCCCCAUGAAAUUGUAGCUGACAUUCUCUUGAGACUGCCCAUCAGAACCAUUGGGGUUUGCUCGUGUGUAUGCAAAUUAUGGCGCAGUAUCAUCACCAGCAAAGCUUUCAUCACCAACCAUCUCGCCAAAACCCGCGAGAAGGGCGGUUCUCGAGCACUCCUCAGGCGCUCCGGGUGUGCAGACAUGGAAGGGCGCUUCUCUCUCCAUUUCGACACAGGUUCGUUCGAUAAAUUUCUGGAUUUGGAUUUCCCACAUGAAAAUUUCUUGGGCGAGUUUCAUGUGGUUGGCUACUGCAAUGGCCUGCUGUGCUUAGCUGAUUACGAUCGCUUCUUGUGCUCCCGUACUUGCAACGUCUCUCUCUGUAACCCAACAGUACGAAAGUGUAUCUCCCUCCCGCCUUUCUCAAUUUCACACGAUUUUUACUUUGAGUCCCUCAGUUUCGGCUUUGAUUCUGUGUCAAAUGAUUACAAGGUAAUGACGAUUUGGUUUCACAAUGAAGAAAAUGAAUAUCACUGCCAUUCCAAUCCCGUGGUAGGUAUUUACUCACUCAGCUCGAAUUCUUGGAGAGACAUUAGUGAGACUGCACUGUCCUUUGAUGUAGUUGGUUUUCGCAGUGAUCAUGUAGUUGAUUUUCGCAGUGAUCAGAUUUUUCUGAAUGGAGCUGUUCAUUGGAUUCUGAUAUGCGGUGACAGAGGAGAUGAAGAGUUUUCCGAGAAAAUUGUGAGGUUUGAUAUGUCCCACGAGAUGUUUGAUAAAAUGUGCCUUCCAAAUAGUUUGGACUUUAUGUUUACUGACAAGUCCUUGGAUUUGUCCAUUGCUGUCUUCGGAGAAAAGCUUUCGAUUGUUUGCUUGGACUUGUCCACAUUUGAUACUGAUGAUGCCUGGUCUGUGUGGGUGAUGAUGGAGUACGGUGUAUCAGAUUCUUGGACUAAGCAGUUCAGAAUUAGUUUGCAAGCACUCGAAAUGGGUAUGCAUUUGAAUCAAGUUUUGGGGGUCAGGGAAAAUGGCGAACUCAUAUUGCUAAUUCAAAAUACAUGGCAAUCGCAAUCACAAAAUAGAAAGCUGCUGUUGUCAUAUAAUCCUGAGUGCCAACAGGUGACUGAUCUCAACAUUCACAGCUUGGGAAACACUUUGUAUUUGGAUAGCUUUCUGGAGAUCUUGGUUUUGCUUGACCACGUGAACAAAAACUCCAAGGAAGAGGAUAUUCAAGCAAAAAAAAAGAAAAGAAAAACAAAGAGAAAGAGAAAGAGCAAGAGCAAGAGCAAGGAGGAUAAUUCUAGUAUGAUGAAAGAAAGUGGAUCAAGAUUUUGUACAAGGUGUAUGCACCUUCUUUUCAUGGUAUCAGAUGUAAUCUUAAGUAAAUUCUGCUAAUCUUGAAGGAUAUUUGGAUGUUGCAUAAAA